AUGCCGUUCAAGUUCUACCACGGCAGGACCGGCGUCAUCUGGAACGUGACUCCCCGCGCUGUCGGCGUCGAGAUCAACAAGCAGGUCCGUAACAAGAUCAUCAAGAAGAGGAUCCACGUCCGCAUUGAGCACAUCCAGCCCUCGAGGUGCAGGGAGGACUUCCUCAAGCGCGUGAAGGCCAACGACCUCGCCAAGAAGGAGGCCAAGGCUAAGGGCGUCAAGGUGCACCUCAAGAGGAUGCCCGCCCAGCCCAAGCCCGGCAGGAUUGUCAAGGCUAAGGCCACUUCCGCCACCACCAUUGCCCCCCUCAAGUACGAGCUUCUUGUGUAA